AAGUAAUAGUUUGAAAAUGCCACGACUGUUCGGUGCACGGCGCCUCUUUCUGGGCGGAAAGAAUAGGUUUACUCUUUGCAAUGCAAUUUAUCUGCUACUCCUGGGCACUUUAUCUUUUAUGGUGUUGCUGCAAAAAUACAGGGACUUGGCACCUGAAGAGGCCGAGGCUGCUGAUCCUCCAUCUCCUCGGAUAUUUUGCAUAAUUUCCACCUAUGAAUUUCGUCAUGAACACGCCGCCAUUCACAUCCACCGGACUUGGGCCAAGCAUUGUGAUCACUAUCUGUUCGUCAGUGACAAUGUUCAUCACUUUUUGGAACCAGCGGCAUUUAUGAAUCUCUAUGACAAGUGGCUCCGAUUGAGAGCCCAUCUGGAAUUCGUCUACAAGAAUCACUUUCAUCAAGGGGACUGGUUUCUCUACGCCAACGAUGAUAAUUUUGUAGUUGUAGAGAAUCUUCGGAAAAUGCUAAUGUCGUAUACUCCCAAUGAGCUUAUAUAUUUCGGAUGCAAACUUCGAACUCGCAAUGGGCUGGAAUUCAUGUACGAGCGUUCUGGGAUUGUCUUCAGUGGAGCUGCCUUUAAACGGUUUACUCUAUCAGCCCUGACCAACGAAAGCAUCUGCAGUUCGGAGGCAAAGGGAAAUGAUUUUACCGAGGAACUGGGUCGAUGUCUCACCAAUGUCAAUGUGAUAGCCGGAGAUAGUCGAGAUGAGUUGCAACGGCAUCGGUUCCUGCCCUUUGAGGCAGAUCUACAUUUGGGAGGUCGAAUGAAUGAAUCCAGAGAUGAGCACAAGUAUUUUCUGGACCAUUCAUACUACCCAGUGAUUAAUAUGAACUUGCCAGUUUCCCUGCAAUCUGUGUGUUAUCACAUGAAUGCCAUAAUGAAUAUUUAUGACCAUUACUACUUUGCAUAUAAGGUUAGAAUUUUUGGUACGCAACUACAUUUGCCCUAUGAAAAUAAGGAAACUGGAAAAAAAUUGAAUUACAUAAAUGUACGGAAUAAACAGGUGUUAAAAGGUUGAUUUUAUGGU